CCUCGAUGCCCUUCCCCUACCGUUCGCUCCUUGCACAGUUUUUUUCACCCAAAACUCGGCGGCGGCUCGUUGCUUAUCAUGGCGGCGGUGACGGAGGCUGUGGACAAGUCGGAUCAAGAAAGCGAAACGGAGGAAGAUGUGUAUGAGGUGGAGAGGAUAGUGGACAUGAAGGUUUCUGAGGGUCAAGUCUUGUACAGAGUUCAUUGGAAAGGCUAUUCUUCUGAAGAUGAUACUUGGGAACCAGAGGCUCACCUGGAGGACUGCACAGAAGUGUUGCAAGUGUUUAAACGAAAACUGACAGAAAAAUCACCUGUAAAUGAAAAUCGGAGGCUUACCUUAGACAAAGAUAUUUUUGAAGAUGAGUCUGCAGAUGAUUAUGGAGGCGUGAAAGAAACUUGCCCACAAAAGACUAAAAAAAAGAAAAAAUCUAAAACUGAACUGGACAUGAAGCAUGACAGUCCUAAAAUAGAUAAAAAAGCUAAAUCCAGCAGGUCAAAUAAUGAAGAACUGAGAGACAACAUUUUAGAUAAUGUGAGAGAGACCCCUGAAGAUGGGAAGGUAAAGAAAACAAAUUCAACUGAAUCUAAGAAAUUGAAAAAACAACAUGAUGCACAGAGGUCUUUAGUUGAGCCAGUCACACAGGUUGACUUGUUAACUGAAUCUGGUGAAAGCAAAGAGCAGAAAAUUGUGGAUCCCAGUGAUCCAACAUUUGAGAAAACUAGGGGAUUAACAACCCAAGACACGAUUACAACACCAAAAAGAUCUCUGGAUAGCUCAGAUGAGGAUGACCUGGAGCUUAAGAUAAAGAAAAAGAAAAAGAAGAGGGAUAAAGUGGACAGUUCCAAGCAAGAAAUGAAAUUCCAGAAGCAGAGAAAGAAUCUUAAAGAUGAUUGUUCAGAGAAGAAAGUUAUAAAUAAGGAGAAUAGCAGUCAUAAUAAAAAACACAAGUCUCAAGAGAAGCGAAAGGAGGCUGUUUCAUCGGUAAAAUCAGAUGAAAGUGAAAUUAAGGUUCCAAAAUUUCAAAUGGAUGCCAAAGGCAGAAAGUCAAUAGACAAUGAAAACAGUACUACUCCUAAACAAGAUUGUGUGAAAAAUGCAAUGAUAAAACUGAACAAAAUGUAUAAUGUGACUGAUAGUUCUCCUCGGUGUGGUACUGAGAAGGUGACUCAAGGUUCUGAAUCUAGUGUAACAACGUCGGGACAGCCAUCCCAAUUUGCUGAGCCUAGUCUCUUUGACAAGUUGGGAUUGGAUUCUGAAGUUAAUCGAGAAAAUGUGAAGACUGACAAUUCAAACUACUCUGCAACGACCACUGAGGAGAAGCUGGAAGCAAUUAAAGUUCCAAGCCAAUUUGUUUCCCGAGAGCGGUUGGGAAAGAAAGGUGAAGCUCCCAAAGAAAUUUCUGAUAAAAAAAUGGAUAUUGACAAGGGGCGAAAGGAACAAAGUGUGGACCAUCAUAACAGAGAGAUGAAAGGUCUUUUUGAUAAGUUCCUGAUUCCUUUCACUGAAAGAAUGGAUGAUGAGGACAGGGAGAAUAAAGACUCAGUUUUCCAAGGUUCUAAAAUUGAUGGGAACCGAACCAAAGGGAAGAAGCAGGUGCAAAAAGAUAAGAAAAGUACAAAAGAGGAGAAUGAUUGCAGAGUGCAGAAUGCAAUUGAAGAGACUCAAGAAGUUCUUGAUACCAUGUCUCAGACUGAGGAAAAUCCAGCUGAAAAACAGGAGAUGCUUAAAUUGGGUGUGGACCUCCAGCUUGAUUGGAUGACAUUGGAAGAUUUUCAAAAACACUUGGAUGGAAAUGAUGACUUGAUUUCUGUACCAAAAACAAUAUCCAAUAGUGUGUUGCGCGAUGCAGUAAAAAGUGGGAACUAUUUAACCGUAAAACUGGCUCUAAAUUCAAGUGAAGAGUAUAAUCUAGAUCAAGAGGACCCUAGUGGAAUGAAUCUCGUCAUGUUUGCAGCUGCCGGAGGACAGGAUGAUAUCCUUAGGUUGCUCAUCAAGAAAGGUGCAAACAUCAGUUCUAGACAGAAGAAUGGUACAACAGCAUUGAUGCAUGCAGCUGAAAAGAAUUAUCUGACAACAGUUGCAAUUCUUCUGGAGGCAGGUUCCCAAGUCAAUGUUCAACAAAUCAGUGGAGAGACUGCAUUAAUGAAGGCUUGUAAGAGAGGAAAUGCUGACAUUGUAAGACUUCUGCUAGAAUAUGGUGCAGACUGUGGUAUCCUUUCUAAACACCAGAACAAUGCUCUAUACUAUGCUAAACAGAGCAAUAAUAUUCUAGUAUAUGAUCUCCUGAAGAAUCAUGUGGAAACUAUAUCCAGAGUAACAGAUGAAACAAUCAGAGAUUACUUUGAAGCACGUCUGUCAUUGCUUGAGCCUGUGUUUCCUGUUGCUUGUCACCGACUUUGUGAAGGACCAGACUUUGCUUUGGACUUCAACUAUAAACCUCAGCACAGUUCAGUUGAAGGUACUGGGAUUCUUCUCUUUAUCUUUCAUGCAAACUUUUAUAGCCAUGACCAUAUAGUGGCUAAACUCUGUGGAUCCUGCAGUGUUCAGGCAGUUAUUCUAAAUGAUAAGUUUCAACUCCCUGUAUUUUUGGAUAGCCAUUUUAUUUAUUCUUUUAGCCCAGUGCCUGGUGCCAAUAAGUUAUUCAUUAGACUUGCUGAAGCACCCACUGCUAAGGUAAAGCUGCUUAUUUGUGCAUACAGAGUCCAACUCCAGUGAACCAUUUGCCCACAUUGUAACUAUAAUCUGCAGGUAGAAAAACGGCAGAGAUCUGAGCAUUUUUUUAAAUGUACAGUUCCUCCAGGACAGUUGGAUUUUAUGCUGCAAUGUCUGAAAUGCUUAAAUGACAACUUCAGAAACGUAUUGCAUUUAAAGUUUUACAGACUGUAGUUAUGUUGUUUUUUAAAGUUGUCGUCUUGUAGGGAGCAGUCGAUUUUAGUGUGAAGAGAUAACUGGUGCAGUGUUGUUCACUCACGUAAAACCUGACUGUAUAUAGACUUUCCACAAUGUGGAAGGGAGUGGUUGUAUACUCCAGAUUGAAUAUUUACAAAAGGUACACAUGAACAAGUUCAUACUUUAUUUUCUGGCAGGUUUGUCAAAUUUUGCUAACUAAGUAAUGAAACAGAUUGGAUAAUAAUUUUACUUAAUUCACACCACUUGCCACAGAGUGUGGGUGGAUGAUGUUUUGUAGCCUUCACCACUUAUGCUGAAGUACAGUGGGAACACUGGAAGAGGAUCAGAUUCUGCUUUAAGAGAAUCACAUAUUUACCACAGUUCAUUUAUUCACUGGUGUGACACCUUUUACAAGUUUGUUUCAAGUGAUUUUGUUUUUGUAUUUAUGAAUCUGUACGGUGUAUCAUGGUGCACAGCAGCAUUUUAAACUACGUAUUCUCGCAUUCCUAUUCAACAAUGUACAACAGAGCCUAAAUUUGAAAACAUUUCGUCUUGUGAUCUGCAAAAUACCUAUCACAUAACUCAGUUCAAGCUGUAUGUGAAUGUUCUUGUUUUCCAGUUUUUGUUCAUAAUUAAUUCAUGUUGUAAACUUGCCAGUAUUAUUAGAUUGGUUAUUGAUAAAAUCUGUUACAAUGGUUGAGUAUUUUUAUUUAAAAAAGGGAAGCACUUCAGGUACAAGAUCUGUAAAAUAUUGCAUGUUUAAAAAAAAUGAACAUUUUACAUAACAUACAUCUCCAGAAAUGUGCCUUGCUGUCCAUUAUGUUGUAUGUCAACAACCAAUGUGCCUAAACUAUAUUGCAAAUACUACCAAAAAAAAAAGUGACUUGAGGAAUGUGAUUGUUGAAAAAGUUGUUUCUGUUCUCAUGUAAAACCCAAAUUCUUUAAUCAAUCUUGUAAAUUUCAUGUAAAAUAUAAUUUCUAAUGUUUGAA